UUUUUCUCCUGCAUCUGUGUUUCACCUGAACCACAUGUGUUUUCCUGAAGUCUCCUGUUGCAGGCUGUGAGCGGCUGCAGGAUUAGCGUCUCCUCGUGACCGACUCAGACUCAGCUUUCACUUCACCUUCAGCCGCUCAGUCGCUCCCGACUCUCACAAGUGAACAUGGAGAUCCUUUUACUUCUGUUUGCUUUGCCGUUUCUAACUUCUGCCUUUUAUUUGAAAAAACAAGACGUGAAUCACUUCAAGUUAUGGAUGACACAGCACAACAAAGCUUACAACAUGCAGGAGUACAACUUGAGACUUCAGAUAUUCACGGAGAACAUGAGGAGGAUCGACAAACACAAUCAGGGAAAUCACUCGUUCACAAUGGCACUGAACAAGUAUUCAGACAUGACAUUUCGUGAGUUUCGAGAGUCCUUCCUCCUGUCGGAACCGCAGAACUGCUCUGCUACCAGGGGAAACUACCUCAGCAGCAACGGACCACAUCCCGACUCCAUCGACUGGAGGAAGAAGGGAAAUUAUUUAACACCAGUGAAGAAUCAGGGAGCUUGCGGUAGUUGCUGGACGUUUUCCACUACUGGCUGUCUGGAGUCCGUCACAGCUAUCGCCACUGGGAAGCUUGUGCCACUGUCGGAACAACAGCUAGUAGACUGCGCCCAAGACUUCAAUAACCAUGGAUGUAAUGGCGGUCUUCCCAGUCAGGCAUUUGAGUACAUCAUGUACAACAAGGGGCUGAUGACGGAGAAGGACUACCCGUACACGGCUGUGGAAGGUACGUGUGUGUAUAAACCUUCACUGGCUGCUGCUUUUGUGAAGAAUGUGGUAAACAUAACAGUGUACGAUGAGAUGGGGAUGGUCGACGCCGUCGCCACUCGUAAUCCUGUCAGCUUGGCAUUCCAGGUGACCGCAGACUUCAUGCAUUACAGCAAGGGCGUGUACGCCAGCACUAAAUGCCACAACACUACAGACACGGUGAACCACGCUGUGCUUGCUGUCGGCUACGGCGAGGACAGCGGUAUCCCUUACUGGAUAGUAAAGAACUCCUGGGGACCCAGUUGGGGCAUUGAUGGAUACUUCCACAUCGAACGUGGGAGCAACAUGUGCGGACUUGCUGCCUGCUCAUCUUUCCCAGUCGUGUGAUUUUGAUUUGAAUUUUUUUAUCAUGACGUACACACCCAGGUGUUUUUCAAAGACAUAAUGAAAUGUAUUCCUUGUUUAUUUGUUGUUGUUUUUUUUACAUAUGUACAGUGAGCCUCACUCAUGAAGUCUGAACAGAUUUGCAAGUCAAGUUAAGUUUAUUUCUGUAGCACAGUUAUAACAACCUCAGUUGACCAAAGUGCCGCAAAAUAAAAACCUAAAAACAGAGCAAACAACAAUGUUUUCUAAAAUUGUAGGGACAGCAAUCCUCAAAUUAAAUAAUACAACUUUUUUUUUUUUUAAAUCUCGUGACAACUCACUGAAAUCACUGUAAACCUACUCUGGAUUCAGGAUUGGAGCAAAUAGCUGGGAUUUGAUGAGAGGAACGUGUGUUUGUUCAUCUCUGUAAUUACAGUUUGACUCACUUAUUAGAAUAAACCCCCCACCCAGGGACCACCAUGUAAGGAGAUGAUGGUUACUAUGUAAAGGCUAAUUCUCAUCCUGGAUCUACAUCUGUGGACAUGCUGCAUGUAAAAGAAAAAAGAAAGGGGAAGAGAGCUCAGAUACAGCACUAGAGGUCAUUUUAAUCAAACUGCAGUAAAGAGAAGAUAUGUUGUUUCGCUCUGUUUCAGGGACCAAGAAGGCUCUGGCCUGACAUGACUAAAGCAGUUAAUAGGGAAGUGAAAGAAUGGGACUGCAAGAAAUAGUUUGGUAAGAAUAACAUGUGUAUUCAGUUCCUUAAUUGUAAUUUCUUAACAAUUUUCAGAAACAUUUAUUUUCCUGAAUUUUUUAAAUAAAUGAAAGUCAUUCUCGCUUCAGAUUCAGAAACGUCUCUUAAAGAUAUCUGCAUGUUAAAACAAAGUGGACAAUAUAUGGCAUCAAUGUUGUAAAGUCUGAUAAUGACAAGCAUUAUAUUUAUCCACUCAUAAUUUACACAAUCUGUAGUCAGAAGCACGAUUGGAUUUUAUUCAAACCUACAAGAACUCUAGAACUUAAAACAUUUUCUUGAAUCCUGAAAUGAUUAACUUUCUCUUUGAGGACAACCAAACUGCUUACGUUUCAUGAAUGAGGCCCACUGGCUUUCGCAGAAGGGAUUCAGUUUUAAAUACUCAUGUGAUAGAUCAAGUCAUAUCACUACGGAUUCAGAGUAACUGAAAGUAUCAAUUAAGUGCAAAAUCAUUGUGAUUUUAUUCAUAAAUAAAAGAUACUAAAUUUG